AUAGCUUUCAUAACAACAUUGAAAUAACCGCUGACAACUAGCCAGUCAUUACAUGUGUAAGUUUAUAUUUGAACUAAUUUAGGCGUUAAAUAAUAUUCUGCACAAUGCCGAAAUAUUACGAGGAUAAAGAGGAAGAUAACAGAGCCUGUUCCGGUGUCAGAGAAGACUUCAGGGCUUGUCUCCUUCAGCAUGACUGCGUAGUGAAGGAGGGAAAGUUGCCCAGUCAGUGUUUGAAGGAAGGCAACUGCAAAGCCCUGCAGACGGCAUUCUUUGAGUGCAAGAGGUCAAUGCUGGACACAAGAUCAAGAUUCAGAGGAAGGAAAGGAUUUUGAGGAAACAUGCUGCUGUUUAUUGGACAACAAACUGUAUAUACUACUAAUGAUGCAGUCAAUGAAUGAUACUGAAAGGCCAGUGUCUGUGCAGCUUCACAUCCUCCUUUUGAAGGACACGUGUCAAGAAAUUGGGUUGUAAAGGACCACCAAAUAUUGAAGAACAAUGCACACUGACACACAAAAGGAUUACCAACCGGUGCCGGAAAAAGCCGGAGCCAUCACCGGGUGGAUGACUUUCCUGGAAACAAAUCAGUACAUAAUGUGGCAUUCUGGAUGAAUGUGUGUGUGUGUAAUGAAAUAAAUGAUAAAU